CGAAAACGUCCCUCAAAGAGUGGGACACAGGGAGGAAAAAACUCAAGGCUUUAUGAUAAACUGCUCAAAUGUAAUACUUACUUUUCUUCUCUAUCUCUCAGUCUUGUCAGGCACUUAUCUCACGCAUACCACGUUACUCAGCGCAGUGGAUGCAACUUCUUACUCAGAUGAAGAGAAACUCCACUUCUGCAAAUGCAAGACAUUUGAUGUAGUCUCAGUUUUCUUCAACUGGUAGGAAGUGCCUUGUCAGGUUGUUGAGUAAGCUUUUCCUUGUCAUAGAAAGAGAUGCAUGCACUGUCCGCGGACGCUGCAGACAAUACUGGCAUUUCCACCAAGGUCGACAACUUACUUGCUGAGCUAUCAAAGGUGGAAAAGGUUAAGGCUCCUAUUUGGAUGUCUUCUUCCGCGAGUGAUACAUUGAGGAUGGUGAUUCUGAUGGCAAUCAUUUGGAUGAGGAUUUAAUAAUGAUCAUGAUCGCUCUCAGGUUGACAAUGCCAAUGACUAACUUUAUCCUCUAUAUGAUAUAGGAGAGCCUUAGAUCAUCUAAGCUAGGCGCUGAUGAGUAACUAGUCCUUGCAUCACUUCCAUGCAGUAAUGUCUCUUAGGUAGUGAUGUUCAACUACAACAGAGACCCACACAUGACAUGAUCUAGAAUUUUUCCUAGAAAGUCAAAGUUCUAAACAAAAAAAGAUUCCAGACCUACGAGGGCGAUUUGAAGCGGCUAAACAGCACCUGCAGAAUAUGACGGGG